UAAAAAAUGCUACCAACAAAACAAAAAUGGAACCUCUGUUAGUGGCGCAUGUUGGCACGCACGCCGCCUCUGUUCACUGUGUAUUUAUAUUUAUAAUAUUUAUCCAGAUGCUUUGAGUUUCUACAUUUAAAACAUGUGUUUUCAUUUUGUUUUCAUUAUACAAGUGCGAAUUUUAUAUGUGCGUUUGAUUGAUAAUCAGAAGUGAUUUAAAUUGAAUAUUUAAAUCAAUACUAAUUAAUAUUAGAAAAUAUUUGUGAAAAACUGCGCUCAUCAACCUUCGUAAGUGCUCCAAUACAAUUAAGGUACAGACGACGGAAUAUGUACAAGCUGGCAGCGGCUAUUCCAGAUGUGGACAAGCAUAUACCGUUAUUAGGCAUAGCCCACAAAUUCACUGGCAACACAGAGGAGAUAAUGUCGGUACUUCAAAGAUACAGUUAUAACUCUAUGAAGCAUAACGGCCUAGCGAAAGGCUGGUUGGGUCACAUUCUUUAUUUUGUUUUAUCGAACCCCGUCGACUCGGAAGUGGUGCUCAAGACAUGUUUGGAAAAAGACGAUUUACAUAGAUUUAUACGAGCAAUUAUCGGUUACGGAGGAAUUUUUGCCCCAGUGUCGAUAUGGCGGAGACGUCGAAAAAUUAUGGUACCAGCGUUCAGUCCCAGAAUAGUUCAGAGUUUUGUAGGAAUAAUCUCUGAGCAAAGCGAGAAGCUCGCUUCAAAUUUGGGUAAACGUGUCGGCAAAGGAAUGUUCAGCUCAUGGCCUUUUCUAAGCGCUUACACAUUGGACUCUGUCUGUGAAACGGCACUCGGUGUAAAGAUUAAUGCACAAGGAGAUAAGGAUUCAAGUUUCUUGAAAUCUAUGAAUCGUAUUCUUAAUAUAGUAUGUAUGAGGAUAUUUCAUUUGUGGCUACAGCCCGUUUGGUUAUUCAAGCUUUUUCCUGUCUUCAAUGAGCACCAGAGUUGUAUUGAAAUGUUACACGAUUUUGUUGAUAAGGUAAUACAAAAUAAAAGAGAAGAGAUUAAGAGAGAAAAUAAUUCAAAGACUGAAGUUGAUUAUGAAUAUAAUCUAGGAUCAUACAAAUGUAAGACAUUUCUUGAUCUCCUCAUUACAUUGUCUGGAGCUGAAAAAGGUUAUACUAACAUUGAACUACGAGAAGAAGUACUGACAUUGACAGUAGCAGGCACAGACACGUCUGCAGUCGCCAUUGGAUUCACACUAGAGCUGUUAUCAAAAUAUCCUGAAAUACAAGAAAAAGUUUACAAAGAAUUGCGUGAAGUGUUUUGUGAUUCGGAACGUCCUUUAAUUAAGGAAGAUUUAGAAAAAAUGAAAUAUUUGGAGAGAGUUGUGAAGGAGUCUCUCAGAUUAUUCCCUCCCGUUCCGUUUAUUAUAAGAAAAGUUUUGGAAGAUAUGACACUACCAUCCGGUAGCGUUUUGCCUGCCGGUUCAGGAAUAGUGGUUUCUAUCUGGGGAAUUCAUAGAGACCCAAAGUACUGGGGUCCGGAGGCGGAACACUUCGAUCCAGACAGGUUUCUACCGGAGCGUUUUAAUGUUGAGCACCCGUGCUGCUACUUGCCGUUCAGUAGCGGCCCUAGGAAUUGUCUGGGUUACCAGUAUGCGAUGAUAUCGAUUAAAACAUCUUUGUCUGCGAUUCUGCGGAGAUACAAGGUGGUAGGGGAACCGGAGAAAGGUCCUGUACCUCGAAUCAGGGUCAAACUGGACAUCAUGAUGAAGUCAGUGGAAGGGUGCCAGGUUGCUUUGGAGAGAAGGCCAACAAAAUAGCAACGCGCGAACAUGUACAAUCGUAAAUUGUUAACGUACAGUUAAAACGUAAUAAAAGAGAUGUUAUUAUAGUAUACCAAGGCAAUUAUAAGCCGAUGAUAAGCCGAGUGAAUUCGAUACCACUGGGAAAAAAAUUAGGCUACCUUUCAUCUUAUUCUCUGACACGACAUAAAGUGUAAUUCACGCAGGAGAACCUGCAGUCAGAAUGCUUAUUCUAAAUUUAAUUGUAGCUUAAGUAUGCCUACAUUUUUAAUGCAAUAAAUCCUAAUUUCCAAUGUACAAACAGUAUUGUAUGAUCACUAAAGUUAAAAAAAUACAAAAAAACACAAGAUGACAUGAACGAUGGUCUCAAUAAAAGGCGACAUAAUAUAUGAAAAAAAAAAA